AUGGCGCUUAACGUGGAUCCACCGAAUGGUGCAUUUCCUGCGUCCGGAGGUACAUUGGUAUUUAAGAUUCUCAAUCAAAUUGAUACUCGGCUUGCUUUUAAGGUAAAAACAUCGAACAACGAUCACUAUCGAGUAAAUCCAGUAUAUGGUUUUAUUGAAGCCAAGCAAAAUACCGAUUUGACCAUAAUUCGUCUAGAAGGUCCACCUAAAGAAGAUAAAUUUGUAAUUCAGUGGGCUGAGGUCCCGGAUGAAGAGAGUGAUCCUAUAGCACCAUUCAAAGCAGGUGUUGCAGCCGGUGAAGUUGUCUUUCCUGUAAUUGCCGAAUGA